UACAAACCAGUCUAUAUGAUAAAAGGUUAAAAGUCAAUCCAACAAAAACACAAUUACCAAAAUUCCAAAAUUUAAGAAUUUUUCAGUAUAAGCAAAAACGAUGUUGAACACUCUCUAAAUUCGAUGCAAGAGGUGGCGGGAGAAGGCGUGGAGUUAAAUGUCGGCGUUAAAGAAACGUAGCAACUCGUUAGCCGGACUAUCUCUAGACGCUGUUCUUGGCGGCGAGAUCGUUAUACCACCACCAUCAUCAUCUCCACCGUCGCCACCGCCUUUGCCGCAAAAAUCUCUUGCACCUCACCAAACAACAACAACAACGACCCAAACGCUUUUCGACAUCAUACGCGACGAAUACAUCAAGGAAGGCCAAAAAGAUCGGACCACGUGGCAGAUUUUCCGCGAGAAGCUCCGUCUCAAACGAACCGGUUCCGCUUGGACCUCGUCUCUCCAUAUCCCUGCCUCGGAUAUCCUUAUCCCCAAUCCCAAACACCCCCGGCCAAACGCUAUUAUUCCCAUGUCGGAUCCACCCGGACGCGGAGCGUUCACGCGCGGACCCUCGAUGCGGGUCGGGUCGGGUAAAAGCCACGACGAUUAUUCCGCUGACGUCAGCCUCCCUGGAGACGGGCCGCCGAACAGGAGCUUCAAGCCGCAGUUUUCACGGCACGAUUCCGUCAGAGACCACGGAGACGAAGACAAGAUCCUCCGCCACCCGGUCGUCAAGUUCGUCGACGAGAGGCAGAUGUCGGCGAGAGAAGCCGUCGCGGCGCAGGAAGCGGCGGAGGCGGAAGCCGCGGCGGCGGCAAGCGACGAGGAGGAGGAGGAAGAAGACGACAGCGAGGGAGAUGGUUUAGCGGAGGAGAAAGCGGAUGCGCCGCCGAAGCAGACGAUGUCGCUGAUGGAUCUUCUGGAAGAGACGGAUAGGCAGAUGGGACUAACGGGAGCGAGCUACGCCAUGGACGACGAAGAAGAGGAGUACGAAGAGGACGAGGAAGAGGAGGAGGAAGAAGAUGGCGGCGGCGGUGGAGGAGAGGGAGAGGUGAACUGCUGCGUUUGUCAGGUGAACAUCAAAGGCGCGACGUUUACGCCGUGCGGUCACACGUUUUGUAAGCUCUGUUCUAAAGAGCUUAGUGCUCAGAAAGGUCAUUGUCCUGUUUGCAGCAGCUUCGUCCUCGAGUUCCUCCAGAUCUUCUAGUAAUAACUUUUUUUGAAACUUUA